GCGAUCUGAAGGUCUUCAAACAACGAGAGUUCUUGCUCCGAUGUCUAAAGAUGCCAUGGAAUGGACUCCGGGAUUCCCAACAAAGAAAUGGGGCAGUGAUCAUAUUGCAUUGGUUACCGAGUUGGCUUUCUUGAAAGAUGGUACAGACGUCUGCACCAAUCAUGAAUAG